CACACACACACACUCACCCACCUAAAAGUGCCUUCCCAUUAGUGCCUUAGUUUCCUGAUCUGUAAACUCAGGCUAAUAGCACUUACACGGCUGUGUUGGUUAUUGUUGAGCAACUUUCAAGUUAUGCAAAGUGCUCUGAACAACUCUUGGCUCCUGCAGAGCUCAGCUCGGUGCGCAAACCAAGUCCAUUACAGGGAGAGUCUUUUUACUGGGAGCGUCUCGUGUGGGUUAUUGUUGUUUUUCAGAUUUCAUGACAUGACUCCAGGCUUUCUAAAGACAAGCAACAUUUCGGUGGAGAAAGCACUCACUCCUUGAGCAGGAGAUGGCUCUGCCGUUGUCUUUCCUUUCGUUGUCUCUCCUGCGUGUCCCCUGGAGCUGGCUUUGUUAUUAAGGUGAAGUCACUGACUUGGGUGCGGGCCCGGUAGCGUAACGGAGGUCCCGUAUGACUUUCCUAGACUCUGCUCGUGAUGGAAGGCUGAGGGGCGGGAGCUGCCUCUCGGGGCAGCCCACAUGAAAGGUGUGCGUGUUUGCUUCAUCCUGUGUGGGGUGAGUAGAUCAGAAUCUUUUCUGCGAUGGUUUCCUCAGUCUUACUCUAUGACUUCUCUCUCCCUGAGCUGGCCUGCAGCUUCUUCGGCUGUCAGGCAGGGUCUUACAUCUUUCUCCAUUGUUCUCGUUUUGAAAAUCAUCUCUUCAGUGAGCUUGAUGUCUGUGUAAGGCCGGUGGAAUUUCGCAGUGAAGGUCUCAUUUCUAUAGGUAGGCACUAUAAAAUAAUCCAGGAGGGUGGAGGGAGUUUGUCUCUAUUGUUUUCUGGCUGUAGCAAAAGUGGUCAUUGAAAGAAAUGGGUGUCUCCCUGUGGAAUGCUGCAACUCAAGAAUAUAUUUCUAUUUUCUUGCUCUGCUUUUGUAUUUGGAGCUUGGAAAAGUACAUUUUGGUUGUUUUUUUUUGGGGGGGGGGGGAAACAGUGGAAUUUUAUCAGGCAUUUCCCUGAAACUCCCUAUCUUCUCUCUGUCUUUUUUCCCUGGCAUAUUUCUGUCCAAGUCUUGUUUUGCUCUAUGGAGAGUUCCAUCACUUAAAAACAUUGAAAAAACACAGGAGCUUGCUUAGCAGAGGCUGUUUUGAUGAGCUGUUGGCGUUGGUGAAAGAAGAUAUUGUGUCAGGGGAAGAUAGAGUCUGAGAAUCAGCACUUGAAGAUCAGAUGACUCAGUGUAAACCUUGGAGUAGUGUUUGUCAGCUUAAGCAGUUAAGAUUUUUUUUUUUCCUUUCCAGUAUCUGCAAGUAUAAAUGUGUGGCCUCAGCGCCUGUUGUGUCUUGUGACUGCUUCGAGUGGGAGAAGAUAAGAUUCUCCAGACUUAAACUAUAUUCUGGCUCCUGUUCCCUAAUUGUGGGUUUUUUUUUUCUUCUCCUGUGGCUUUUGGUAAUUCCCAUUGCGAAAUAAAACGGAUUUCUAGUGGGUGUUAACUGUUGCUAAAAUAGUGACAUUUGUGUUCUUCUUGGUAAUUUAUCCAUUGUUCUCUGCUGUUUGCUCAAUUUGAAAGUAGUAAUUGUAACUCGUAAAUCCUAGAGAAACUCAGCUUCCAUAGUAAUAAAUCACAAGUGUCUGAGUGCCCCAUGUGCUCUUCUUGGGUUUUAAUAUCAAUUUAGUAGAGAUAGAAUGUGCAUAAUAGCUGGGUUAUAAUGAACCUGGACCCUCUCUCCAGAGACUCCGUAUUUCAAUAUGUUAUGAUACCCCUCUGAUCUUUAUUCAGUCUCUCCCCCAUCAGACCACUGAAAUUUGAUGUGUUUUCCGACUUGUGAGUUUCUGACGUGUCUGUGUAUGUGAUCCAGACAUAGAGCAACCUGUGCAACACUCCGCACCACACGAAGCAUCCUCUUAAAGCCCCCCAGUGAAAGGAGAGCUGCCCUUUUCAUGUCAUGGUGUUCUUUAUAUACCUAGUGUUCUCUUCUUGGCAUAGAAACAAUUACAAUCAUUGAUGUUAAUUGUCUGUUAUCCAUUGCUAUUGAAUUAUUCAAGUUUUCAGAAACUCAGCUCUUAGUCUUGUUUGGAAAAAAAAAAAAAAGGAAACCAACUUUGAAACAGUUCUUCCCCUCAGAAACAGGGUCGGGGGUUACAACUAAAUUUUGGGUUCACCUGCCACGAUCAUUUGGCUGUGUUGUGAUUUUUGGGUGAGACGGCAUCUCUGGGCUAUACAAGACAGGAAAGGCUUUGGUAGUCAGGAAAAUGGAACCAGAUGGUCCACACGAAGGAUGCCAAGCCCCCAGCAGAGACGGAUGCUACACCCAACAGAUGAGGGCCAUAGCAGGCCCACCCUUCCCAUCAGAGAGCAGCACUUCCCUUCUGUGGUGGAUUUUGCUGCAGCUCUGCAGGCCCAGCGCUGUCAGUCUGGUACAGCAGGUGCUCAGCCUGUGUCAACUUGUAACGAGCAGACCAGGAGGAGGUGGUGAUGUCUGGGGCUUGGUGGCAGCUUGGUGGAGUCUGUCUGGUGACAUCCACUUUCUGGCAUUCUCUGAGUCUUUCAGAGGAAUGUGGGCCUGGAAGAGGAGAUGGUUUGUGCUGCGCAGUGGCCGUCUGACCGGAGACCCGGAUGUCCUGGAGUACUACAAGAACGACCACGCCAAGAAGCCCAUCCGUAUCAUCGAUCUGAAUCUGUGCCAACAAGUGGAUGCCGGGCUGACGUUUAACAAGAAGGAGUUUGAGAACAGCUACAUCUUCGAUAUCAACACCAUCGACCGGAUCUUCUACCUGGUGGCAGACAGCGAGGAGGAGAUGAAUAAGUGGGUGCGCUGCAUCUGCGACAUCUGUGGGUUCAACCCCACGGAGGAGGAUCCCGUGAAGCCUCUGGGCAGCUCUGCGCAGGCGCCGGCGGACUCACCUUUCGCCGUCCACACAGCACCGCCCUCGGCCCAGGGGGACCUGUCCUCUGCCGCCCUCCCUCCUUCCUACCAGCUGAUCAGCCUCCCGCCGCACCCCGAAACCCUCGGCACCCAGGACGACCCUCAAGACUACCUCUUGCUGAUCAACUGUCAGAGCAAGAAGCCUGAACCCAUCAGCCAAGGGUCAUCUUUUGUUUCUGAAGAAGGAGAGGAAUACCUCCUGCUAGAAGAUUUUGAAAGCAAAACGAAUCCAUUGCAAGCCCACGCUGACUCGGCAAAACCCACUUCCUCGGAAACGGACUGCAAUGACAACGUCCCCACCCACAAAAGCACCGGGGCCCAGGGCAAGCACGGCCGGAACGGCUUCUUCCCGCAGGGGCUCCUGUACGAUUCCCCACCCGCGCGGGCCGCGGCCGGCCCCGGGGACUCCAGCCUUUACAACCUGCCCCGCAGCUACUCCCACGACGUGCUGCCCAGGGAGUCUCCGUCCAGCACCGAAGCCGACGGAGAACUCUACGUGUUCAAUACCCCCUCCGGGACGUCCAGUCUGGAGGCGCAGCUGAGGCACGCGUCCCUCAGUUAUGACAUUCCUCCCGCACCUGGCAACACGUACCAGGUCCCGCGGACAUUUCCAGAAGGCACCCUGGGACAGACGCCCAAGCUAGAGGGUCUUCCGGACGUCCCUCCACCUCGGCCACCCAAACCGCACCCGAGCCUCGACCGCCCUCCCGGGGACGCCUGUAGCCUCUCCCGCGCGGCCUCGGACACGGACAGCAGCUACUGCGUCCCCACCGCAGGCGUGCCCCCGUCACGCAGCAACACCGUCUCCACCGUGGAGCUCAACAAGCUGCGCAAAGAUACCAGUUCUCCAGAUUGCUACGAUAUUCCACGAACGUUUCCAAGCGAUAGGUCUAGCUCACUUGAAGGCUUCCAUAACCACUUCAAAAUGAAAAACGUGUUAACCGUGGGAAGCGUGUCGAGUGAGGAACUGGACGAAAACUACGUCCCCAUGAACCCCAACUCGCCGCCGCGACAACAUUCCCGAAGCUUCACCGAACCAAUGCAGGAAGCGAAUUACGUGCCAAUGACCCCGGGGACAUUUGAUUUCUCUUCCUUCGGAAUGCAAGUCCCUCCUCCCGCGCAUAUGGGCUUCCGGUCCAGCCCACAGACCCCUCCCAGAAGGCCGGUCCCUGUGGCAGACUGUGAACCGCCCCCCGUGGACAGGAACCUCAAGCCGGACAGAAAAGGUCAAAGUCCUAAAAUUUUAAGACCUAAACCCCAUGGUUUAGAGCGAACUGAUUCACAAACCAUAGGUGACUUUGCUACGAGAAGAAAGGCUAAGCCAGCACCUUUAGAAAUAAAACCUUUACCAGAAUGGGAAGAACUGCAGGCUCCCGUGAGAUCUCCAAUCACCAGGAGUUUUGCUCGAGACUCCUCCAGAUUCCCCCUGUCGCCGCGGCCGGAUUCCGUGCACAGCACCACGUCCAGCAGUGACUCCCACGACAGCGAGGAGAGCUACGUCCCCAUGAACCCCGCCCUGGCCGGUGAAGACCCGAGUCUGUUUGGCAGUCACAGCCUGGAUGGGGGAAGCAGCCCAAUGGUCAAGCCCAAAGGGGACAAGCAAGUGGAAUACCUAGAUCUAGAUUUAGAUUCUGGGAAAUCGACGCCGCCCCGGAAGCAAAAGAGCAGCGGCUCGGGCAGCAGCGUAGCAGACGAGAGAGUGGACUACGUGGUGGUAGACCAGCAGAAGACCCUGGCUCUGAAGAGCACCCGGGAAGCCUGGACCGAUGGGAGACAGUCCACGGAAUCGGAAACACCAACCAAGAGCGUGAAAUGAAGGCCUCCCAUGGCCCUGUCUGAGCAAAUGUAACGUGCGUUGGAAAGAUCUCCAUUUGGGGAGAUAGUUGGUCCUCACACUUCCACUCUAGAUGGAUGGACUGAUCCUCAGGCGAGCAGAGCUGAAGUCAAAGGACCUGUAACAACAUGGAACACUUUAGACCAUACACGGUGCUUCGGUGCUUCGUGCCACGCCAACAAUCCGCAAGCUUGUAAAUAAUGUGGGAAAGUGGUAACAUUUGGCUACCAGAGAAACACGUCUCCCAUGGCUAACUGCACUUGUAGUAUUACUGUAUUUAUGCACUUUUCCAUCAAAAACAUUGGCUUAGAUUCCCAGUGUAUCUUAACCGAGUUCUUGGAUUUCUUCACACUACUCUAUGUAACAAUACUAAGUGAACUAAAGCUAGUUGGUUUGUUUGUUGUUGUUUUUUUUAAGAUUUGGAAAUUGCUGUCAAAGCUAUAGUCUUAACACCAUUAGAAUGAGUAGAUUGACAAGUUAACUUUCCUACUUGAAAUAUCAGGUGGUAACUCUCAGCUUAAACUACAGCCAUAGUCUAGUUGGACUUGACCUUUCAUUGCCUUUCACAAAUUCUGAAGAUAAUGUAUAUUACUGGGGUCAGGACCUAGUUCUUUGGUUUGUGUACAUUUAGUUUUUAAUGGUGGAACUUUUGUUAUCUUUCAUUAAUUACAGUGUUGUUUUGGUUCAUUGAGUGAAGAUUCUGCUGGGUGGGAUCUUGUACCUUUGACAGAUUAAAUGUAAUUACACUCUCAAGCCUUCAACUCAUUGGUAGAUGUACUUUUACACUUGUUAACAUGUAUUAAAUGUUAUUUGCAAAAGGUAGGUUCUGUAACUAAUCAGGUACGUACUGGGCACUCAUGUGCAAAUACACUGAUCAGGUCUAGACAAUGAGGUUUAGUUGUGUUUUUGUUAAGUCCUAACAAUUAAGUUUCCAUUUGGGGAUUAAUGAAUCCGUUGACAUUCACUCUUAGUUCCAGCCACAUACUGUGAUUUUUUUUUCAUUAGUCAUUCAGAUUCUUCCUCUAAGAAUGAAACUCUUAUCUUAUGACACCAUAGUGCCCUUUCUAUGAUUAAACUAUAUGUAUAUAUGUGUGUAUGUAUACAUAUACAUACACAUAUAUAUAUAUAUCCUUCUUGGCCUUAUAUUUAAAUCCCUAUGCAAUUAAUGUUUUAUAUCUCCAUUUUUU